CGAGUUUACGCUGAGGACGACCUCACAGACCCACAUACAUCAAGCACUCUUACUCAUCUCACGCCCUUGCGUUCAUCCAGCCCGUAUGCUAGAAAAACUGCAUCUUCAACUCGUACAUGGCCAAUUCGAUGAAGACCCCGUCCAUUAUGGACCAUUGAUUUUUCCUGGUUCUGCGUCUCCCAUCAGCGAUCUUACCCUUUUUGGCAUGAGUUGGUCCUGGCUUUCACCCACCGUAUUUUCGUCACAUAUUGUCAACUUGCGGAUACACUACUGCAUCCCAGUGCAUGAGGAUGACAGAGAUACAAGCACUACGGCAAAAGUUUUAUCACAACUCCUUGGUGCACUCGUCAAUCUGCAGACUCUCGCACUCGAAGUGGAUAUGGAUCCGCUUGCCGCAGACAUCAUGUCUCCCAUUGAGUUGCCCCACUUGCACUACCUGGCUAUCAAAUCGUGGACGAUGAAUUGUUGGACUGCCAAAUUUCUCCACAAUGUCCAUAUGCCCAAUCUCCGGAUAUUGACAUUGGAUGGCGUUAACUACGAUUUCGAGCUGAUGGAGGCUGAUUUCGAAGACAUCCUUCACGAGUUGAUCAGGCUUACCAAGGAAGAUCCUUCCAACUCUCCUCUGGAGCUAGAUGAACUCCAUCUCGUCAAUUUCACACAUCGUGCAGAUCCUCAGCUCCUCCAUUGUCUGUAUAAAAAAUGGCCACUCUCAAGGUAUUCACCCUCGGGCCAGCAACGUCGUACGCGAAUGAUGCAUGGGCAAUGGGACUGCUCCCAACGCCUCGCGGACUGGCAGAUCUCCCUCCCUGGACUUCGGACCCUGCUCCUUUUUGAUGUUUCAAGGGACGUUGUGCGGCACAUCGUACUAGAACGACUAUCGCUCACUGGUCCGCUGGAAGAGCUUUAUUAUCGAGAGGAGAAGGGUCAAGAGAAGCAAAAUGAGAUCAUCCCAGAUGAUUGGCAACAUCAAGUCGAGAAGUACCAUCGUAUCGGUGAUGUGAAAUCUGAACGUUAUUGCGAUGUGGUUAACAGGCGGUGGUCAUAUUUAGACUAGGGCUCUCAUCAUUCACUUAUCAUGUAAAUAUGUCACUCACAACUUGUUUUCAUGCGACCAAGCAUGAGACGACAACCGAUAGGAUCGCAGCCGAUCGGUCAAACAUGCAUGUCAAUUGCUUUUGUCCCGCAAGCACGGGCCAAACGCUCAAGAAGUUGAAGGGCUUCGCAAUUUUCCAGUAUAGCGACUAGGGACAGACUACGAAACAUUGGUUUUGUACAUAUCGAAACCAAGGCUAUAUUCAAGAUCACGAUUCAACAGUCACGCGGUACGGGCUUAAUACGGGCUGUGAAGUCGUGUAUGCGUCAUCAGCGCUCAGUUGCGGUAAUGGCAUGCCGAUAUUUAGGUAUGUAACUGUACUCCUUCCCUAGUG